AUGCCGAGCAAAGCAGGGAGAGUAAGAAUGCCUCCUGACAACAGACUCCCCGUGUCGGCCUCUCUCAGGACAUCGGAUAUAUGGAAGAAUUCAGUUGGCUAUGAUCCAUAUGCGUCGGUCGAGGAGAUAAACAAAAGAGAGCUCAAAAAAAAGGAAGAGACGAAUGAAGAAAUCAAUGAAAAGGCCAAGAGCCUAUUUAGUUUGGCCAGAUUAACCGGCAGUGCUUCAGCUACGAUCCCGGGGGCGUGCACCCUGUGCAACCACAUCGGGCACUUGCCCUACCAAUGCAGAAAUUUAAUAAGCCUGGAAAAACUCAACUUCCAGAGCGACAUAAAGGAGGAGGCAGAAGACGACCUGAAGGAACGCCGCAACCUGGGCAUCGUCAGCGAUAGCGACAGUAGCGAAGUCACCAGUAGUGAUGGCGGGAGCGAAAGUAGUAGUGGUGGGUGUGAUAGCCAAGACUCAACUCGCAAACGAAGGAAGGAGAAGAAGAAGAGGAAGAAGCACAAUCGGGAAAAGCGAAGGUACAAACGCGAUAAACGCGAUAAACGCGAUAAGCGCGAUAAACGCGAUAAACAUGAUAAACGCGAUAAACGGGAUAGACGGGACAAACGAGACAAACGCGACAAACGGGAGAGUCGCUCCCGCAAGGAGAGGGAGCGGACGGGGAAGCACAAAGCGGAACGCAGUCGUCACAGCAGUAGUGACCGUGACAAACUAAACGUGAAAAAGAAGGAGAAGAGGAAAAAGAGGACGAGAGAGAGGGACGACGAAGGUGUGCGGGGAAAACGCCACAGGAGGAGGACCUCCUCAAGCUCGUGA